UUUGUGAUUUUGUGACUCAUCGCGUACACAAACAAGAAGGGCGAAGAAGGGUUCGUGUGGUCCCCUUAACUUAUCAUGGAACUAGUAAACAGGAAGUUAAAUAUUAACAAUGCCAUCAACUAAACGGAAAGGGAUAUUCCAUAAUUUUUUAGGAGGCCGUAAAGAUCGACACAAUGAUGUAAGUGACGACAUUCAGAAUGCAAAUUUGAAACAGAAGCAACCACCGCCAACAAGCCCUCGGCCGCGGCUGCGUCAAACACAACAGGUGAAAAUGUUCGGAGACGAAGGUAAACAGGCGUCCAAUGGGCCUGUUUAUGACCAACAAACUGGAUUGUAUACCUUUCCGAAGAAAACUGUUAAAAGCGAGCGUCCGUUACAUGAAAUUUAUCAGGCACCGAGGCAAAAUGUAUUAGAAAAUGGUGACGUUAAAUCAGGUCAUUUCGAAAGGACGUUUUUAGGUCAUCAAGAUGAUGCAGGACGAAAACUUCAAAGUCAAAAACGAUGUGAGAAUAUGAAUAACAUCACCAUUGAUGGAGUUAAGUCCACAUCCCGUAGUAGUAGUAGUAGUAAUGCAUCAUUUACAAAUGAUGACAACAGAACUUUGCGAUUUGUUGGCCGAAGAGGUCUCGAGUCAGGUGAUGGUGAUGAUAUAACGAGUCAAAAAGGUACAAUUCGAGGAGUACAGAAUCGUGUUAGAGCGGGUAUUGCUAAUUUUGAAUUUAAACCACUUGACACAACAAAGAAAAAAUAUUAUGAAGAAGAAAAAGGAAGUAUUAUUGCUUAUACCACAAGCACAACAAUUGUGAGACGGACUUUUGAUAAUUGCGUCAAAGUAAAAAAGCUAUUUGAAAACCACCGAGUUUUAUAUGAAGAACGUGAUUUAUUUGUGAAUCCAAACCACCAGAGGGAGCUAUUUGAGCGUAUUGGAGAGGAGGAGUCAAGCAAUUUACCGAUCAUUUUUAUUGACGGUGAAUUAAUAGGGAAUAUUCAACAAUUGGAAGAGCUUAAUGAGUCAGGGGAACUAAGUAAUAUCCUGAAACGAUUUGAGAAACGAUUAAAUUUUGACGUGUGCAAGUGUUGCGGUGAUCGAAAGUACAUCAAUUGUGUCGUCUGCAAGGGUAGCAAGAAAUCCGUAUUGAGGAACGGCUUCACAGAUCAGUUUCGCACAUUACGCUGUACACAUUGCGACGACAACGGACUGCAGAAAUGCCCCAAGUGUUACAGUAAUUCUUCAUAAUGGUGCUAAGAUGUUGUGUAUGUUAACUGUAUGUAUGUAUGCCCGCUAAUACGCAACUGUGUUGAUUGUUUCAUAGUCUAUUUUUGAGGUGUUAAAUUUUUAAUUAACAUUGUCUUAUUUUGAAUGUGGGGACCAACUAAGAGGGCUUGAAUGCAUUUGUUUGAAUAUUUAUCAAAGUAUGUUUGUUUUUAUACACUAAAUCAGGAAUAUUCUUUCAGCCUUUGUAUCUGUUUAAUUUAAAAGCAAAAUCGAGGAUAAAAAAAAAGGUUCUAAUGUGUGUUUUUUUACCCGAAAAGCUGAAAAAUAUUAGUUUAUCACAGGGUGUUUCUAAGGUGUUUUUUUAAAUGUUUAAACACCCUCAACUUGCAAACUUCCAUAUCACAAAUAAAUGAUAAAAUUAACAAAUAUGUAAACUGUCCAUGAUUUUAAUUAAUACUAAUAUUAAUUAAUAUUGACAAUUGAAUAAUCCUUGAGGGCCUACAUUUUGAUUAAAAUAUUGUUUUCUGCUUGAUAAUUGCUGUGGCCUUAAAAUAACAUCUGUACAUUAUUUUAAACAUUAAAUAUAUUUGUCCUUGUAGGUAUUCAUUCGGAAAAUACAAUUUUGCCUGCUAUAGAUUACCUGGUACAAAGAAAUAAUAUACAUUCACAGAGUGCGGAAUACAUAAAGCAAAGACUCAUAACUACCACUGCACAGUCCGAAUCUAAAUAAUAAUAUACCAUUUAUAUAGCUUAAGUUGUAUAUUAGAUAUAGGGCACUCAUAAAGGUCCCUGCCAUGGAGAUCCAGGUACCAUAUUUUCUAAACUAAUGCUAAUAAUAUGAGAUACAAAUAGUGGAUCUACUUAUUUAUCAUUCAGUCACAAUUUUAAUUACAGUAACUUAUUAGAAUAACGCCAUCGGAAUUAUUGUUUAUUGUUAGCUAGAAAUUUCAAUUAAGAGGUACUACUGUGUACUUGAUUUAACAAUUGAAUAUAAUGAUCAAUUGAAAUGAAUCUUUAUUACUUUCUUAUAUUUAUGGAAACUGAUAGAAUUAUGAAACGAAAAAUUAAUUAGAAAUAUACAUGAAAAAUUUAAGCUAGAGUUAGGGAUAAAUAUUAUCGUUCAUUCAAGCAAGAUCAGUGGCAUAUCUAGGAAUCUUGAGGCUGAAUGGGAGCGCGAAAGGUGAAGUGGGGGCUCGAUAAUUAGAUGAAGGGGAACUACCUCGUACUGUAAAUGAAAGUAAUUUGAGGUGAUUUUUAACUACUUGAUUUUUUUUGCUUCAAACAUUUUCAAUGGUGGGGGGAGGGGCAACUGGAAGGGGCACAAGUAUUUUUUGUUGGAAUGCUCCCUGCACACCCCUUUAGAUACACCACUGAGCAAGAUCAAAUUUUGAGAAAAUAAUCUACAAAUAUUGUACUUAUAAGAAUGGAUGGCACCUAAUGUAUUGGCAGGUGAAGGCGUUUAAAACCAACAAAAGACCAUUUAUUUUUAAACGUCUGAAAAUCAAUCAAAUAUCAUCAUUCCUUAACCAUUUAAAGGAAAUAUUCUAAUUUGUGAAUUUCCAAGAUAAAUAUAAAUGGUUUACUUUCAAGACUCUGAUGGUGGAUGCUUAUUACUGUCUUUAAGUACAAUUUCUAAAAGUGAUUAGUAGAUAACUCUAUAGCUUGGUGUCUGUCAGUCAAUUUAACAGGUAAAUCAAAAACUUUAUAAACCAAGUUCUUACUAUUAUCAAAACAAGCUCACAUGUCAUCAUUAUCUAAAAAGAUUGUUACAUAUUAAUAUAAACAAAUAUAGAACACUUAAAAAUUAUUUUGUAUAAAUAUAUUUAAUGAUAUAUUAUGACAGAAUUGUAAAUUAAAAAUUUGUCAAUCAGUGAUAUUAUCUUAGUACUGUACUGCAUUUAUUCACCUUUUCUUGUAGUUUAAGAAUAAAAUAAAUUAUUUUCAUACCUUGAAAAGAAGUUAAUGCAUUUAUAUUUUCCUGAGAAUAGUUAGAUAGGAAUUGUUUGAAAUAUAUAUAAUGUGUACAGUAGUUUUAGAAUGUUAAUAAUUUAUUGUGUUAUGGAUAAUUUACUGCAAUGCACGCUGGGAGAAAUAUUGUCUAAAGAGCAGAUUUUUAGUAUCAAAUUUUCUUACGGUAAACAGUUUGGGGCAAAUGAGUUCGGUGAAUGGCGACGCCUGAAUUGGCGACAUACUUGUCUUACAAAGUUUUGCCUUCAAAAAAAUAAAGAACAUUAACCCAUUGUUACUUUUUUACCUAACAUCUUAUGUUUGUAAUAUUAUAGUGUAGAUACUUAUUAUUCCUGGUGCGAUUUGUAUCUAACUGAAUAAAUUUACGAAUGUACUCAAAUUUCAACAGUGAUGUAUUGCGGUUAAUAAUUCAGGAAUGUAUUGAGUUAUCUUUAAUUGCCAUGAAGUGUCUUUUAUUUGACUACCGACUUAACAUUAUAAGCUUUAAAUCACAGUUUAAACCAAACACUUUGUAAAUAAUGGCUAAUAAUCUGAAGUAUUUUAAAGUGUAUUGUACAUUUGUUUAGUGUAUUCUAGAUAUCACCUUGAAUUAAAAAACAUGUAUAGUACUGUAUAACUUUUACAUGUUAUUUCGUGUGAAAACCUUCACUCACCUUGAAUCUUUUAAUUACAAUCAUCUUUAGAACAGUAUCUAUUUGAAUACAUUCCAAAUAUUUUUGUG